AUGGCCAUGAUGACGGCGCACCUCCGUCUCCAGGGAGUCAGAAUCCUGCCAUACUUGGACGACCUGCUGAUUCUGGUUGUCAAUUCUGCCCUGAAGGAGCUUAAAUUUAGUCACCUGGCGUAUCACAGCCUCUCGCAGACCAUUACAAGGGGCAACAGAAACAUCCAUGAACUGCAUGAGUGCAGACGGUCUGGUACCCAACUCUCUAACUUUUUUACAUUCAUGAUUGAUCACUUUGCACAGAUGAAUGAGCAAGGUCCAGGCCCAGACUUGAUUUCUGAUAUUUUCAAUGGUUCAAGAGAAGAACACGAAAAGUUUAUCACUUAUGAAAUGAUUGAAGUUCCCGACUCUUAUGAUGGACCUCGCCUGUCAUUCCCUUUAUCUGUGUCUGAUACAAAUACCCUCCUUCAUGCUUUCAAGCAAGAGAAGCAACUUCAUGUCCGGUAUGUCCUUCAGCUGUUCCAUGAAGCCAAGACUUUCUUGAGACAAGUGCCAAAUGUUGUACAUUUAACAACAUCAUACUCUAAGCAGAUAACCAUAUGUGGUGAUCUUCAUGGAAAAUUGGAUGAUCUGUUGCUGAUAUUCUAUAAGAAUGGUCUCCCCUCACCAGAGAACACUUACCUUUUUAAUGGAGACUUUGUAGACAGAGGGAAGAAUUCUAUAGAAAUACUAAUAAUCCUCUUUGCAUUCCUCCUCGUCUAUCCUAAUAAUCUACACUUGAAUAGAGGCAACCAUGAGGACCCAAUCAUGAAUCUGAGGUAUGGCUUCACAAAAGAAGUAAUGCAAAAGUACAAGAACCAUGGCCAGAAAAUCCUACACCUGCUAGAGGAUGUCUACAGUCAGCUGCCCCUCGCUACCAUUAUUGACUGCAAGAUCCUCAUUUUACAUGGAGGAGUGGCAGACACCACUGACCUGGAUUUCCUCAGCGCUAUAAAAAGGAGCAAGUAUAAAUCAGUUUUGCAACCCCCAAAGCCAGAUUCAGAUAGCAACAAUGCAAAGCAGACAUCCAAUAAACUGCCCAUCGAUGGCAAUAAAAGCUCUAAUUGUCCAGACAAACAGAUCCCUGACCAGUGCCACUCUCCAGCAAACUUUAAUCAACAUACUGGUGUACGGAAUGAGGAAUACAGGAGUAGCGGCAUUCUAGAAAUACAUUACUUGGAUUCAAGUACUCGAUUGCCUGAUAUGUCACCAGAUUUAACAGCUAUGGAACGUGAAGAAUGGAAACAGAUUGUGGACAUACUGUGGAGUGACCCAAGGAACCAAAAUGGCUGCUUACCGAACAAUUUUCGAGGUGGAGGUUGUUACUUCGGGCCAGAUGUUACCACAAAAUUACUUGACAAAUACAAUUUAAAAAUGUUAAUAAGGUCACAUGAAUGCAAACAAGAAGGCUAUGAGUUGUGUCACAAUGGAAAGGUUAUAACCAUAUUUUCAGCAUCUAACUACUAUGAGGAAGGAAGUAACAGGGGAGCGUAUCUCAAGCUGUGCCCGGACCUGACUCCACGCUUUGUGCAAUAUCAAGUUAGGAAGUGCACACGCAAACUAACGCUGAACCAAAGUGUAAGUGCUGUGGAAGGCUCGGCUCUCAGAGCUCUACGUGAACAAUUUUUUGCCCGUCGCUCUGAUCUCUUGAAAGCAUUUAAAGAGCAUGAUUCUAAAGGGACAGGACAGAUCUCUAUCAGCGACUGGGCAUUAGCAGUGGAGACUGUUCUUCAUCUAGGUCUACCUUGGAGGACAUUACGCUCAAGACUUGCCCGACUGGCUUCUAAUGGCAAUGUAGACUAUCUGUCAUGUUUUGAAGAUCUGCAAAUGGAAAACCCCAUUAAAGAAGUUCAACCAAGUUUGGUAGAAACAUUAUACAGAUACAGGGCAGACCUGGAGAUUAUAUUCAACAUAAUUGACAAGGAUCAGUCAGGCUUAAUUUCUAUUGAAGAGUUUCGUCAGACUUGGAGGCUUUUCAGCUCCCAUCUUCACAUCAGUAUAGAUGAUUCCACUAUAGAUGACUUGGCCCAUAGCAUAGACGCCAACAAGGAUGGCAGCAUUGACUUCAAUGAGUUCUUGGAAGCCUUUCGCGUGGUACAUAAGUUUGAAAGGAAGGAUAGUAAAUGAAGUUGAAUGUUUUUGGUCUGAUAAAUGGGUCUCUAUCUUAAGACCAUCUAAAGGCACUUGCUGUAACCUUACAGUCCAUGGUGCUUCUCUGCAUGAAGCAGGUACUGGCAGCAGCACAGGAUGAAAGUGAUCGGCAGAUGUGUCAUGAAGAAAAUGAGUGACAUGCAUAAAAGUGGAGCAACAGACAGUGGAUGAACUUUGUGGACCUUGAACAAAUGACUGUACUUAUAAUUAAUAUUUGACUGUGUAAAUUAUUGGAGUGCGUCAAGAAUGACACAAAAAAAAGCAUAUAUUAGGUAUGCUGUACCGAACAUGAGACUAUUGAAGCACCUGUGUAGAGCUGUCAUACAGUCUAGACAUAGAUUAGGUCUUCGCUUGCAAUCAAGUAACUACAACCGAGAAAGGGAAGUGAAGUGCACAAAUGUGGGGGGGAUUUGCGAAUAUGUGGGUGAAGUGUGUUGUAUCUGGGGUAUGUUUUGGUCAGGUUUGGGUGUGGCUUGAACAUUUUGGGGAGAAUUCAAAUGCUAUUGCACCCUGAUCUCCCGUCUAAAGUGACGGGAGAUCAAGGGGCAAUAUUCAAAUGCCCCCACUUAUUGUCCCGGGCAUAGUGAGCUGAACUUAACUUGUCGCGCCCAUCCACAGUAACAUAAGAAUACUCGCAGCGGGCGGGAGAGGAGGCGGAGAUUUGAAUAUCGCCCAUAGUGGUUGGAAUUUUUUUCCCCAGACUUUGCCUUUUUAAGAAAAUGUUAGGUAGCAGCAUUUAAUAAAAGUCAUUAAUAUUGCUUAAGCUGAUCAGGAAGGGAAAAUACUAUUCUGUGGGCUAGAUGCAUCAUCACUAGGAGAGUAAUAAAAUGGAGAGAGAAAAGGUACGAGUCAAUCAGCUCCUAACUGUCAUUUUUCAAACACAGCCUGUGACAUGGCAGGUAGGAGCUGAUUGGCUGGUAAUUUUUCUCUUGCCAGUUUAUCACUUUCCAAGCAAUGAUGCAUCUAGCCCUGUAUGUUUAAACAACUAGGAUAUUCUAUUUUAUAUAAAAUCAAUCUUAAAAGGUUUUUUAAAUACAUAAAUAGUAAAAGGUUAAAAAAGGAGAACAUAGGUCCAAUAAGAGAUAAAUUUGGAGUAUUGAUAAAUGAUAACAAAAUAAAAGUGGAAAUAGUGAACAAUUUUUUUUUCAUCUGUGUUCUCCAGAGAAGAACUGACGGUGGGAGUAGUGCAUAAUGAUAGUGACAGUAAAUAUUCGUGGUUAGAUACUUAAGUGAAGAAGUAGUCCAGGAGAGACUAAGCAAAAUUAAGAUUAAUAAAUCACCUGGCCCUGAUAGAUUUCACAUGAGGGUUCUUAUGGAACUUAGGUCACAACUAGCAAAACCACUUUACUUGAUUUUCAAUAGUUCAAUUAGAUCAGGCAUGGUACCGAAGGAUUGGCGUAUAGCUGAGGUAGUGCCAUUAUUCAAAAAGGGAUCCAAAAAUCAUCCGGGUAACUACAGACCGGUUGGUUUGACAUCUAUAGUGGGGAAAAUAUUGGAAGGAAUUCUAAGGGAUAGCAUACAGGAGUAUCUGCAGACCACUAAGAUUAUUAGCAAGGACCAGCAUGGGUUUGUGAGGGACAGAUCAUGUCAAACUAACUUAGUUAGCUUCUACAAGGAAGUGAGCGAUAAUCUUGACCAGGGAAAAGCAGUGGAUGUGGUCUACUUAAAUUUUGCAAAAGCCUUCGAUACAGUGCCUCACAGGAGACUGAUCAUCAAAUUAAAGGAGCUUGGCCUAGGAAAAACUGUUUGUAUAUGGAUAAGUAACUGGCUGGAUAACAGGGUACAGCGAGUAGUGGUCAACGGGAAGUCCUCAAGCUGGACACAGGUAGUCAGCGGAAUACCACAAGGGUCCGUACUCGGGCCACUACUGUUCAACAUAUUUAUCAAUGACCUAGAAAUAGGCCUGGAAAGCACAGUGUCAAUCUUUGCAGGUGAUACAUAAACUGUGUAGGGUAAUUAAUUCAGAAAUAGAUGUGGAGUCUCUGCAGAAUGACUUGUCUAAACUUGAAAUCUGGGCGUCUAAAUGGAGAAUGAGGUUCAAUAUAGAAAAAUGCAAGGUUAUGUGUUUCGGGACUAAAAACAAACUUGCAUCCUACAUAUUAAAUGGGGAAAGUCUAGGGGUAACAGUAUUGGAAAAAGAUUUGAGGGUUCUCAUUGAUAAUAGGCUUAAUAACCGUAUACAAUGUCAAAGCGCAGUAAAGAAGGCAAGUAAGGUGCUAGCGUGCAUAAAACGGGGAAUUGAGACAAGGGACGAGGAUGUCAUCCUGCCGCUGUACAAAUCAUUGGUACGUCCGCACCUGGAAUAUUGUGUUCAGUUUUGGGCACCACUGUAUAAAAAAAGAUAUCGGUGAACUCGAAAGGGUUCAAAGGCGAGCUACUAAAUUGAUUAAAGGGCUAGAGGUACUGGAUUACGAGGUAAGGCUUACUAGGUUGAAAAUUUAUACACUGGAAAAGAGGCGUCUAAGGGGAGACAUUUUUAAUAUCUUCAAACAUGUAAAGGGACAUUACAAUGAGUUAUCAGAGGAAUUAUUUAUUAAAAUAACUCUGUCUAGGACACGUGGGCUCUCGCUGAGGCUGGAGGAGAGAAAAUUCCGUACACAACAGAGGAAAGGGUUCUUCACUGUUAGGACAAUAUGGAUUUGGAAUUCCCUGCCAGGGAAGGUGGUAAUGGCGGACUCUGUAAAUGAAUUUAAAAAAAGGAUUGGAUACAUUUCUGAUUGAAAAGGAUAUCCAAGGUUAUAACAUUUAAAAUAUUGACGUUGAUAAUCCGGGUGUAACAUGAUUUAUAGUUGUUAACUAGUCAUAAAACAUUACUUGAGCAGGUAC